ACUUUCAGCUCCAAUCCUGCAGCCGCGACUGGAACGCCUGCAUUCGGACCUGCGUGACCUUCUGAAGCGCAGCAUGCAGCUGUGAGAGUCUGAGAUUUUCUUCCUUUGGAUUCAGAUCGUCUGCUGGGAAAAGUUGAGAGACAUAAAACAGCGAUGAUUGAGCUGGGCCUCGCUGAUGGCAGCCUGAUCGACGAGCUGAUGGAGCUGACCGCUCAGAGCAUCAACCACCUGGAGAUCCAGGAACGCUUCAACGUGAUCAAGGAGAUCGGACGAGGAAAAUAUGGCAAAGUGCUGCUGGUCACUCAUCGUUGUAGAGGGACGCCCAUGGCCUUGAAAGUGAUGCCAAAAGCCUCGACUAAGCUGCAGGGCUUUCUGCGGGAGUACUGCAUCUCGUUACACCUGUCCUGCCACCCCUGCAUCGUGGGCCUCUUCGGGAUUGCCUUCCAGUCUAAAGAGCACUACUGCUUUGCUCAAGAGCUCGUCAUCGGGAGGGACCUGUUUGCCGUCAUCCAGCCAAAGGUGGGUAUUCCGGAAUCCUCGGUAAAACGCUGCGCUCUUCAGGUCGCGAGCGCUCUGGAGUUCAUCCACAGUCAUGGGCUGGUCCACCGCGACAUCAAGCCUGAAAACAUCCUCCUGCUGGACAGUCACUGCCAGCAGGUCAAGCUGGCAGACUUUGGGCUGGCCCAGAAAAGAGGCACCAUGAUACGCUUCAUCACGGGAACCCUCCCCUACAUGGCUCCAGAACUGUGCAGCAUGGCCCUGCUGGACGGGCAGAGAGAAGUGACUGCCCCUCCUCUGAGCGUGGAGCCCAGUCUGGACACUUGGGCCUUUGGUGUGGUCAUUUUUUGCAUCCUUACAGGUUACUUCCCCUGGGAUCGUUGCAUGGACUCGGAUGAUUUCUACCAAGAAUUUGCAGGGUGGUGCAGAAUGGAGCAGAGGUCCUACACCGAGAAGGACAUCCCUCCGCUGUGGAAGAAGUUCACUCCAGAGGCCAUGGAGAUGUUUGGGAAGCUCCUGGCUCUGGAUGCAAGAGACAGGUUCAGUGUGGGGGAGGUGAGAGGAUACAUGGAGAUGGAGUGGAUGAAGAAGACCUAGCAAAAGACCCGCAGAGAUAAUAAAGGAAAAGUUUCAAACAUUUUCUUUGCCUUUGUUGUGGUAUGAGUAGUUGUGUUCUCUCUAUCACCUUCAGGACGACAUUUCUAAAAUGAGCACAUAAGUUAUGAUGUUUUUAUCGUGUUUUCUUGGCAAACAUCUACAAGUGUUUGUUUUGGAUUAAUAACUAAAACUUUUGCUGUCAGUGUUGAUUUACCAAGUUCAUGUUUAUAGACCCACUUUGAUGAGUGAAUUAGCAUGUUCUUGUAUUGAAAUUUUCUGAUGAUGAAGGACAUACAUAAAGAAAAUUAAGCUUAAAAUGACAUUUCUGAUUAUUUCUUUGUAAGAAAACUCCCUGCUCUGCUCUAUUGUGAUGCAUCCAUUCUGAAACGACCAUCAUGACAAAGCUAUGAAAAUUACACUGUUUUUUUUUUUUAUUACCUAAAACAUGCAUGAUCAUAUUUAAAAGAUUACUAGGUACACUUUGUUUUUCUGCGUUUCCAAAAUGCAGAAAAAUAAUAUUUUUUAAAUAAAUUUUUCUGAGAUGACCCAUUUGAAAAGUAUGAUCUUGAGCAAAACUCCACGUCAUUGUAUAGAAUGAUACACAAACG